AUGCAUGAUCUUGUGGGACAAGUCUCCAGGUUGGUGGAGAUGGGAAGAGUGUUCGUGAUAGAACUCGAGGCACUCGUCUACACAUGCAUAGAGUGCCACACACAUCUCGGACUCCCCAGUGAUAUCAUCUCUAAGCAGAUCCUAAACUUCAGUAGACUCUUCAACACGUUUCUGGCUGAAAGAACGUCCAGUUCUGCUUUGCAACAUAUCGUGUGUGUCGGUUGUGCCAAUAUCAUCGGCUUUUAUGGGGUAAGUGAUAAGGGGGGUCCUUACUGGGUUUUGAGUGUCUUGUCUUGUCAGAGGAAGAACAAGAUGAGUAGUUCUGAAUCUCCCUUGCACAACGUCUUUGUCUACGGCAGUUUCCAGGAGCCAGCCGUCGUGGGUUUGAUCCUCGAAUGCACUCCCGUCAUCGUCUCUGCUCAACUCCACGGCUUUCACAGGUACAGACUCAAAGGGCGUUUGCAUCCUUGUAUUGCUCCUUUUGAGACCGGUGUAAUUAACGGCAAGGUACUAACCGGAGUAACAAAUGCUCAGCUAGAGAACUUAGAUAUGAUUGAAGGAGCUGAAUACGAGAGGAAAACUGUUGAGGUUGUAUUGACUGAUACAUCCGAGAAAAUGCAAGUUGAAGCCUAUAUAUGGGCAAACAAGGAUGAUCCUGACAUGUAUGGAGAAUGGGAUUUUGAGGAAUGGAAGCAGCUUCACAUGGAGAAGUUCAUAGAGGCGUCCAGGAAGUUCAUCGAGUGGAAGAAGAAUCCAAAUGGGAGGACAAGGGAAGAGUUUGAGAAGUUUGUACAUGAAGAUCCUCCCAUGGCUUGAAGAAUAUGUGUUCCUUUAUCUAUCUUGUACUCAACAAUAAAAGGGUCUGAUCAUUUCAGAAGCCAUAAGAUUAUAAUAAAACUUUGUAAGUCCCGAACACCAAGAUGUUCGAUGUUGUAUUAUAUAUAAUUAUAUAUGAACAAGAGGUAUAUGUGC